ACAAACAAACAACACAAGCUCUCUUUAAAACCUGUUUUCCCUCCUCCAUUUCUGUCCCCUUUUUCUUCCCUCUCCUCCACCGAAAUCUUCGCCAUUUUCCCUGAACCUCCUUUCUCUCUCCUAGGGUUUCCAAUCCAGAGAGAGGGAGGAACACAGGGAGAAAAGGUCGUCGAUGUUCUAAGGCGGUGUUAAUGUUAUUAUCCUCACCAAUUCGUCACGUCAGUUUUGCGCGCAUCGCAUUUGAUUAAGCUAUCAAUUUGAAGAUUAAGGAGAAUUUUGAAUUUGAUCUUUUGUUUGAGAAUGGAUGAGGUUGAGGAAAAAGGUUGCGUUUUCGAGGAAUCGUUUGAAAUUGAUUUUGAUUAUGAGUUCGAUGUUGCGAAAUUCUUUGAUUUUUCGCAGCUGGAAACGCCCGAGGAGAUUGCGGAUUCUGAGCUGUGGUUUAAUGUAGCCGAAGGCCAUCCUCCUUCUCCUUUGGUAGCCAAGUUGGAUACGGAAACAGAUGACUUCACGGACAGUGUAACUUCUUCCCCAAGGUCUAGACCUUACAGUGCAUAUUCUAUCGGCAAUGACAGUGUAGUGUCUGAAGUUUCCUCAAUUGGUCAGGUCAAAAAAGGGUCACAGGUGCUGAAGUUGAAAUUGAAGUCUACAUCCCAGCUAAACUUUCUAGUCAGCUCAAGACUGUUACAACCUACAGCAAGCCUUCUGGCAAAGAAAAAUCAAUUCAUAGAUGUUUCGACAAGAGUUUCCAGAAGGCCCCAGAAGCUUGGAAAUACUCCCAUGUCUCCUGGUGAUAUCGAUGCCACGAAAAGACAAAAGUUAGAGAUUGGUUACUUGCGCAAGGCUUCUCAGCUUAAACACCAAACAAGUUUUUCACACAAGUCAUCCAAAAUGGCUGAAACCACUGAUCUGAAGUCCACUCAUGCAAAGACAAAAGUUACUGUUCCGAAAGAACCAGACUUGGCAACAGCCCAUAGAGCACUGAGACAAAGUUCCAGGUUCAAGAACACACCACAUCUUGAAACUGACACAAAAUAUAAUGUCUCCACCCCUAGAGCAAGGUCCUCACAUGGAAAAAUUCAGGAAACUCAAUAUUCAAAGAAUAAAAGCACGCCACCUUUGCCACAGUUUCAGGACGAAAAUGUACGUGGUGGGAAGGUUGCUAAUGGCAGUGGAAUGCUCGACUAUAAAAGGACAAACUCCAACAAAACUUUGGUCCAAGAGAAAGCUGACCUACUCUCUAACUUUAGAGCUCAUCCAUUGAAUAAGAAGAUUUUAUCAAGUAAAGGCGAUAUUGGUGUUUUCCGAAAUUGUAAGAGGGAGACCACUGUCCCUAGGGAAUUCAAACUUUCCAACAGUAAGAAACUUUCCCAGAAUCCACCAACUGAAUUAUUCAGCAAGCUUUCUCUGAUUCCUGGAAAUCGUACUUCUUCACUUGACGAACAACCUAUCCAGAUAAAGGUUCUGAAGAAGAAUGUAUCAUUACCCAACAUAAAGGAAAACAAGAAUGCAAAUGCAGUGACUGGGAAAUCUACAAGUUGUUUUGGAAACGGGAGGAGGCUGAUCACAGACAUUAGAAAUCAUCUCACUAACCCCAGGAGUUUCGCAAUUCACUGAAGUUAUAUAUCAGAAAUCUGUUUAUAUAUGCUGUGAUCAUGUUCUGCUGGAAUAAGGAAUAUCAUUGUAAUUGUUUAUAGAUGGCUUGUUUAUGCUGUCGUUCGAGUUCCUUGCUUCACCACCAAUGUGCUCAGCAUCAUAUGACUUUGAUUUAGGCGGUCUCUCAGUAAAUGUUGUAAAUGGACUCCAUUUAACUUGAAAGUAGAAAGUUGAAACCAAUUUUGUAGGAACCAAAUCUUCCAUUUAUGUUGUACAUAAUUAAACUUUCACCAAGGGUGUGUCAAAUAUAACUGAGGCACACCACUUAGAGAUACUGAAUUACUUAUUAACUAGCCAUUAUUUUUUAUUUUAUUUUUAUUAUUUUUGGGUUUUAAUCGAGGUUGUGAGGAAUCCGAGGAUGGUGUUUGUAGUUUCAACAUGGCCAUAUCUUAGAUGACCAUUGCAAUAAAAUCACCCAUGGCUCUUAUUUUUCUA